CCCUGCUAAAACCCCUUUUGAAGUUCGAAGUUGCACUACAUUUUUCAUUUUUAUAGACCAAAUCAAUGAGAAUUGAGUCGGAAUGCCAAUGCUUAUGCCCCAAGUCACAAACCUCCGUCUCCUCUUCUUUUCCCCUUUCCCUCGUCUCUCAUUAUCUUCCCUCAGUCUUAAACCCUUAAAACCUCGCACUCUCUUCACCGCCCUCGCUUCCUCCUACCGAAAACGACACCGUCCCAUUCCCAACCAAUCUCCCAAUCCUGGUGCCAGAAACAAAACCACUCUCAGAGAGAGUAGAGGCAGAGACAAAGCAAUGGAGGAAACUAAGGAGACUGAGACUGCUGGGUUCAAUAAGAGAAGAGCAGAGGGUAACGAUAAGAAUGAUAGGCCCAAGAAGAACCUUCAGCGAAAAGUGCGCACGCUCAAUCCUAUCAAUACCCUAUCUUAUGUGCAGGUACUAGGGACUGGAAUGGAUACUCAGGAUACAUCUCCUUCGGUGUUGCUAUUCUUUGACAAGCAAAGAUUUAUAUUUAAUGCUGGGGAGGGAUUGCAAAGGUUCUGCACAGAGCAUAAGAUUAAGUUGUCAAAGAUUGAUCACAUAUUUCUCUCUCGUGUCUGCUCGGAGACUGCAGGUGGACUUCCAGGUUUGCUGUUGACUUUGGCUGGCAUGGGUGAAGAAGGAAUGUCUGUCAAUGUAUGGGGUCCAUCAGAUCUCAAGUAUUUGAUUGAUGCUAUGAGGUGUUUCAUCCCAAAUGCUGCCAUGGUUCACACUCGGAGCUUUGGGCCCUCUGUUGGGGGUCUUAUGGCUAGUCAAACAAAGUUUACAGAGCCCAUUGUUCUUGUUGAUGAUGAAGUUGUCAAAAUAUCAGCCAUUGUUCUACAACCAAUUUUCUCGAACGGAGCUCAGCUCCUGAAUGAAUUAUCCAUCACUCAGAAUCCUACAGAAAAGGUUUUUAAUGACGGGGUGGAUGUGUCAAAACCCUUUAGUCCUAAUGGAAAAAAUUCACCUACUGGAAAGCCUGGUGACAUGUCUGUCAUUUAUGUCUGUGAAUUACCUGAGAUCAAAGGGAAAUUUGACCCUGAAAAAGCUAAAGCUUUGGGUCUUAAACCAGGGUCUAAAUAUCGGGAACUGCAACUUGGGAAUUCAGUGAAGUCAGAUUUUCAAAACAUCACGGUUCAUCCAAGUGAUGUAAUGGACCCGUCUAUUCCUGGUCCAAUUGUGUUUCUUGUCGACUGCCCAACGGAAUCUCAUUUGCAGGAGUUGUUAUCCAUGCAAUGUCUCAGUAGCUAUUAUGCAGAUUUCUCGGGCCCGCCAGAGAAUGCUAAUGUUGUGACUUGUGUCAUUCAUUUGGGUCCUGCUUCUCUAAUAAGCAAUCCUAACUACCAAAGCUGGAUGAAGAGAUUUGGUUCAGCCCAACAUAUCAUGGCUGGACAUGAAAGGAAGAAUGUGGAGAUUCCGAUUCUAAGAUCGAGUGCAAGAAUUGCAGCUCAACUUAACUAUCUGUGUCCACAGUUCUUUCCAGCUCCAGGUUUCUGGUCUCUUCAGCACCUUGAUUGCUUGGCACCAGAAUCCACUCCUUCAAGUGAGGGUUCUGUUUCAAAGGUUUGUGAAAGCAUUUCCGCUGAAAACCUCCUCAAGUUCACUUUGCGUCCUUAUGCUCGUCUUGGAUUAGAUAGGUCGGUUAUUCCAAGUCAGGUGGCGUCCUCAGAAAUCAUUGAUGAGUUACUUUCAGAGAUUCCCGAGGUUGUAGAUGCUGCCCAAUGUGUUAGUCAGUUAUGGCACCAGUCCACAGAAACAAAGGAAGAGAUAAGGUUAACUCAUGAUGAUAAAGUCAUAGUUGAAGAGCCAUGGUUUGAUGAGAAUACUCUUCCUAGUUGUUUGGAAAAUAUAAGAAGAGAUGACUUGGAGAUAGUUCUUCUAGGGACUGGAUCAUCUCAGCCAUCUAAAUAUCGCAAUGUCAGUUCUAUCCAUAUCAAUCUUUUCUCUAAAGGAGGUUUACUUUUAGACUGUGGUGAAGGAACCCUGGGACAGCUGAAAAGAAGAUAUGGCGUAGAGGGUGCUGAUAAUGCUGUGAGAGGUCUUAGGUGUAUUUGGAUUUCUCAUAUUCAUGCUGAUCACCAUACGGGGUUGGCAAGAAUACUUACUCUGCGACGUGAUUUGUUGAAGGGAGUGCCUCACGAGCCAUUACUUGUUGUUGGACCGAGAAAACUUAAAUUCUUUUUGGAUGCAUACCAAAGACUUGAAGAUUUGGAUAUGCAGUUCCUUGAUUGUAAGCACACCACCGAAGCUUCCUUACAUGCUUUCGAGGGCGUUACUGAAACAAAUAAGGAUCACUCUUUUCUAGGAAGUCCAACUAGUUUCGAGGACCUAAUAGAUAAAAAUACAGAUAGGCAAGUGGCACAGAAAGUUGAUUCUACUCUAUUUGCUAAAGGAUCGCGUAUGCAGAGCUAUUGGAAGAGACCGGGUAGUCCUGUUGACAACAAUGUAGUCUUUCCAAUUUUAAAGAGCUUGCAAAAAGUGCUCGAGGAAGCAGGUUUGGAAGCCUUGAUGAGUUUUCCUGUCAUCCACUGCCCACAGGCAUUUGGUGUUGUCUUGAGGGCUUCGGAGAGAUUGAAUAGUGUUGGAAAAGUGAUUCCAGGUUGGAAGAUUGUAUACUCAGGUGAUACUAGGCCCUGCCCGGAACUUACAGAAGCAUCUCGUGGUGCAACAGUUCUUAUACAUGAGGCAACUUUCGAGGAUGGCAUGGUGGACGAGGCUAUAGCACGAAACCACAGCACAACCAAGGAAGCCAUAGAAGUUGGGAACUCUGCGGGUGUUUUUCGCAUAAUCCUUACCCACUUCAGCCAGCGAUAUCCAAAAAUCCCAGUAUUCGAUGAGACACACAUGCAUAAGACAUGCAUCGGAUUUGACAUGAUGAGUAUUAACAUAGCCGAUUUGCCCGUGCUUCCAAAAGUACUCCCAUAUUUGAAACUGCUUUUUAGAAACGAGAUGAUAAUUGAUGAAUCUGAUGAGGUUGUAGAUGCUGCUGCAAGUGUAGCUUCUUGAUAGGAAAUUAAGUCAUUGUUGUAAUUCCCUUUUUUAAUUAGUUAAUUUUUUUCCUUAACCGUCUGUAGUUUUGAGUAAAUUAUUCAAUUUGAGAGAGCAUUGGUAAUUGCAUGUGGUCUAAUGCUAGUCUUUUUUCCCUACUACAUGCUAAACUCUCUCACCCGUUCACGCUUA